GUUUGGUUCUAUAAAAUGAUCUCUUCUGGAAUUAAAUUGUUCCUUCAGAACUUGCUAAAAAAAAUAUAUUUUCCGGCAUCUGCAAAAAAAGCUAAAGAUUUUUUGCCCUUCUUGCAACAGAGUAAAAGGCUACCCGCUGUUGUGGAUUACGUCCUUAGUGGUCAUCGGUUUAAAUUGCUGAUCCCCAAGGAAACUUGCAGCAUUCCAUUCUCCUUCUCUGGUGUUAGAUGCCCCGGCCGCAAUGAGCCUUUCUCAGAUGAAUCAAUUGCCUUCAUGAGAAGAAAGAUCUUGCAGAGGGAUGUAGAGAUUGAAGUCGAAACAGUUGAUAGAACUGGAACCUUCUUGGGUUCUUUAUGGGAAUCAAAGACCAACAUGGCUGUGGUUCUUCUAGAGUCUGGGCUGGCAAGGCUUCAAACUGCUUUUGGUGCUGACAGGAUUCCUGAUUCUCACCUACUUGCAAAGGCUGAGCAGUCUGCAAAAAACCAGAGAUUGAAGAUUUGGGAAAAUCAUGUUGAAGGACAGGAAGCUACUAAUGGGUCAUCAGUGGCUGAGACCAAACAGAAGGAAGUGCUUAAGGUGGUGGUUACUGAGGUACUGGGCGGUGGUAAGUUUUAUGUCCAAACAGUUGGAGAUCAGAAAGUGGCUAUUAUUCAGCAGCAACUAGCUUCAUUGACCCUCCAAGAUCCUCCUGUCAUUGGCGCUUUUAAUCCUAAGAAGGGGGAUAUUGUCCUUGCUCAGUUCAGUGCAGAUAAUUCUUGGAACAGGGCCAUGGUGAGACUCUCAUUAACUACAAAAAGUGGCUCCUUUUAUGUUCUGGAAAAGUUGGUGGCAAUCACUAGUUGUGAGUAA